CACUCCCAGACCCUGCCACAAGGAGCACCACCCUCACCCCACAGCUGGCCUGAGUAGAGAGUAGUUAGUCCCCUGGAUGGCCUAGGGUUGGCAGACUUCACCAGAGUCCCUGGGCAUUUCUGUUUCCCAAGGUUCCCUAGGGCAGGCCCCAUUCCUCAGUGGGGUGGGGCCCCUGGUUUCCCACACUCUGUCACCCCCCACCAGGUCACUGGGGGCUGUGAUGUGUGGGGUUGCCAUGACAACAAAGUGGGGGCAGGGCACCUAGGGCAUGGAGCAAGACUAUGGAAGUCACCAAGAAGGUGGGGGGCCCUGAUCCACCGGGCCCCCAAGGCCACCCCUCGGCCAGCAGCCAGCAGCCAGGGGGUGGCCUCAGAAGGUCUGAGGGACCAUGGAUAAACUCAGGAUCUGUGUACUUCAGGCAGGGGUUGUCCUUGUCCCCUGAGGCCAUCACUGAUAGGACCUGCGGCCCUGCCUCCCAGGCCCAUGCCCCUGACCUUGUUCACCAGCUACACCAGGAUCCUGCUGACAUUGGCUCCCAGUGUGUCUGUGAGAGGGCCUCCCAAGAUGCCCCAAGACCCCCCUCUACUAGCCCGUUUCCAAGCUCCAUCGUGGGAACCCCAACGCAUCUCAUCAUGGAGAACAGGACCCUGGCCCUCCCUGUGUGCACACACAGUGACAGCACCAGUGACACGGUCCAGCAUGGAUUCUGCCGCUUCCGGGUUCAGGCGCAGGUUGCACGGCAGGGCAAAGCUCCCGCUAAAGUCCUGGUAGGCUGGGGCAAAUGCCCCUGUAGCCCUGACCAGGUAGCCCCCUUGGGCAGCAGGAAGAGCAGGUGGCUACCCUAUCUCCUUUCAGGGGACGAGGGCUCGGCUGCAGGCCAAGAUCCUCUUCUGGCUCCAGGCCAAGGUCAGGGCCAGGACAAGUGCCCAUGUCCGGCCCAGACUCCUCCAACUCCAACUCAGGCAAAUGCUCUAGCUGUGGCUCCAACUCCAAUGCCAGAAGUAGUUGAAACUUAUACCUGCAUCUCUGGCCACUUGACAGACACCACUAUCACAACCAAUGGCCUGUCCCAAGACCUCCUCCCCAGCAAGAGUGACAACCCGUGGCCAGUCCUCUUGGAGUCUUCCAAAGUGGUCUCAUCCCUCCAGGACAAAGUGGAUUUUGGUUUUCAGAAGGAGCCUCCCAACCAAAUGCCUCCUCCAAAUGAGUCCUCAGACCAUGUCCAGGAGGUCAAGGCUGCCAGAACACAGGUGUUAUCCAACCUGCCUGAGAACCCAGUGGAGAAGCCCCAGGUUUGUACCUCUAGGCCAGGCAGCCCAACACCAGGCUCAGGGCCCCCAGGGACCCCUAAGUCCCAGAGGAAUAGCCAGGAGAACUGCAGCUCUCAGCCAGACCAGCAGCCUCUCAACAUUUGCAACAAUACCUACUCCAAUGUGCCCCAGUCUGCCUACCCAGACUCCUGCCACAAGCAGUCACCUGUCCAGUCUCCCGGGGAAGCCAACCAGAUUCCCCCCUCCACUGCCCCUACUUGCCAGCUCCAGAAUGCUGUGGAAGACCGCGUGCUGGUGUUCGAUAUGGCCACGGGGAACACCAGGAUGGGGCUGCUGUGCCAUGACCCCACGGGUUCACGGGCAGUGCUGCUGGGUGUCAUGCCCAACCACCCAUCUGUCUAUGUUCCCGAAAAUGUGUUGUCUGCUCCACCAUUAGGCAUGCCCAUCCUUUCCCCUGACAACAAUCACCCCAACUUCUGGUCCACCUCGCCCAUGCUGUCCAGCCCUGCACCCUCCAGCCUCUCAGCUGGAAGCUACCGAGAGGUGGCCCUGGUUUCCAAGGAGGGCAGGCUCAACUUGGAGUUGCGGGACUCCCCGGGUACUGAGACACCCAUCAGGGUGUUCACUCGGCCCAUUCCACUGGGGAUGCCCCUCCAAUUCGGGGAGAGGAGAUUGAGCCAUGUUCACGAUCCGGGCUGCUCCAAACUUGAUGCAGAAAAAAAUGAAACUAGUCAUACCAUUUGGAAGCUGGACCCCUCCAGGAUGCAGGACACCUCCACGGUCCAGCCCAAGAAACUGCAGUGGAUGAUCUCAGAGCAGCCCGCAGAGCCUGCUCCUCAGGCCCCAACCCAGGAGGUGUCCAGACCUCUGCUUCAGGACGAUAUAGGCAAACAUGACCAGAAAGAGGUCCUUACUGCUCAUCCUGACAGCCUUGGGGCUGAGGGUGCUGGGCAGGCCUUCCCCAGCGGUCAGCCGCCUCUAACUGAACAGCAUCCCCUUUCUGGACAGCCCCCUCCAAUUUGUCAGCCUCCUCCUGAUGAGGAGUGCUCCCUCACCAGGCAGACCCGCUUUUCUGGACAGCCACUCCUGGCCAAGCAGCCUCCCUCCCCCAGGCAACUCCCCCUUUCCCGUCAGGUCCCUGUCACUGGAACCUCUCUUGCCAGGCAGAUUUCUCUCACUGGGCAGCCUCCCUUUCCCCAAGAACCCCCCAUUUCCAAAGAGCCCAUCGUCCCAGGAAGGCCCCCCAUCACCAGGGAGACUGGCCAGGCCUCCACCUUGUGCCAGGAAGGGGAGCCCUUGAGCUUGCCAGCCCACGUUGGGGUGCUUCAGGUGCCCCUGGCCCCCGAGGAGACCUGUGUCUACAUGAGCAGGGACAAGGUCGGCGUCAGAGCUGCUGAAAGCUCCAGCACACAUCGGGUGCCAUCCUGGCAACGCGGAAGCCCCCCCAGCACCCAGGGGGAGCAGUUUUCCCUGGUCACAUUCUCCACACCCGGCACUGGCUACAAGGUCCUGCCCGUGGCCAUGGUGGGCGCCGAGCCGCAGGGUCCCCAGUUCAAGCUGACACCCGAGGACAUCUCACACCCAUCAGUGCUUCCCCACCUUGGCCUGCUCCGUGGGGCCUGCUACGAGCUGGUGCCCACCGCGGGUACUCUGUCAGUGCAGUCCCCGCUGCUCUGCCGUCACUCGCUGGGCCCCUACCAGGACAUGGCAGCGGUGGUGAUUGACACAGGCACCGGCUUCACCAAGUGCGGACUGGCUGGGGAGGACCACAUCCUCAGCGUGGUGCCCUCACGUGUCCAGCUGCUGCAGCACCCGGCCCAGGAUGAGCCCCGGUACACGGUGCCCGAGAACCAGGAGGCCGCCUAUUCGGUGCUGAAUCGAGGCGUGGUCUCCGACUGGGAUGCCCUGGAGGUGCUGUGGCAGCACCUGUUUUACUGCAGGCUGGGCGUGCGGCCGGAGGAGCUGGCGGUGCUUGUGGCCGAUUCGCCCAUCUCGCCGCGCACCAACCGAGAGAAGGUGGCUGAGAUCCUCUUCGAGCGCUUCCACGUGCCGGCCAUGCAGACGGUGCACCAGGCCCUGCUGGCGCUCUAUGCCUACGGGCGCACCACCGGGCUGGUGCUGGGCAGCGGCCACGGCACAUCCUACGUGGCACCUAUCCUCACUGGGGAUCUGGCCCCCCUUGACACCUACCGGCUGGAUGUAGCUGGGGCUGACCUCACCGAAUAUUUGGCUCAGCUGCUGCUGGCGGGGGGCCACUCACCGCCCAAGGUGGGGCUGGUCAACCAGAUUAAAGAGGCCUGCUGCUACGUGGCCAUGAACAUGACAGCUGAGGUGGCCCGCACCCAGACCCAAGCCCGGGUGGACUUCGUGCUUCCAGACAAGCAUGUCAUCACCCUGGGCUCCGAGCGUUUCUGCUGCCCUGAGGCCCUCUUCCAGCCCAGUCUGCUGGGCCUCAACCAGCCUGGCCUCCCGCAGUUGGCCCUCCUGAGCAUCAGCAGGCUGGAGGCCAAGCAGCAGGAGGAGCUGCUGGCCAAUGUGGUGCUGGACGGCGGCAGCACCCUGAUCAAUGGCUUUCCCGAGCGCCUGCGGCAGGAGCUGGGCCCCCGAGCCACUGUGCUGGGCUCUCCCCAUCGCGCUGUCGCUGCUUGGCUUGGAGGCUCCAUCAUGGCAUCCCGGGACUCCUUCCAGAGCCUGUGGCUCAGCCGCCGUGAGUACGAGGAGGAGGGCCCGUGGGCCAUCUACAAGUACCAUCUGUGAGCGCAUAAAAGUUCUCGUUC